AUGAACUACUUCACAAACUAUCCCGUCUACCAGUACAGCUCCUACAACAAUGGACAAUAUCCAUCGAACACCGCCCUGCAGUAUCAGGCCAAUGCUGAAGCCUGGAGACGCCAUGCCAUGAUCCAGCACGGCGCAAGGACCACCGAGACGAAACCCAGGCUAGCCAAGGAUGAAGUAGACAAGCUGGAGCGCGAGUUUCAGAGGAACCACAAGCCCAACAGCAGCUUGAAGAAGCAGCUUGCUGAGGAGAUGCGGGUGGAUAUUGCGAGAAUCAACAACUGGUUUCAAAACAGACGAGCCAAGGCCAAGCAGGAGAAACGCACCCAAGAGAACGAGGCUCGCCGACAGUCGGAGCAAGCGGCGGAUCAGCCGAACCAGGACGUAGUGAAGGAGUACUAUCCUGACGACGACCAUCACGAUGACCUUCGUCCAUCAGCCGCCCCUUUCCCUUCCAUGGACUCGUCUGCGAGCCCUGAACCCACCGAGACCGCAGACAUGCCUCUGGAAGGACCCGGCGAGUCGAAUAUCGAAUUGGACACGGACAGCACAUCGCCUACGUCUUCCACUUUCCAAGCGCCUGAGCAGAACUUCAACGACUUCUCAUCAUCAGACGGCAUGUUCUACCCCUCACAGUCGCCUUGCGACUUUUCUUCCAUCUCAUCAGUCGAGAUGCCCGAGCAGCAAGGGCCUGGGCCCCUCACCCUCUCCAUUCCAACUCACUACGCCUCCACAGCCCCAGAAUCAUCGACGGGCUCCUCGUACACCGGUUUCCAAAGCAUGUCGAGCGGCGUCGACAUGGAUGAUUCCAUGAGUGCCUUUGCCUCAAGAUACGGCUCCGUCAACCUAGACGAGGCUCAGGCUCGCAGCGCGGAUGCUAUGAAGUACGAGCACCUGUCGCCGGAUUCUGCACAGUCACCCAUGUCGGGCAUUCCCAGCCUUCACUUCAAAUCUCCGCCUGUGGACAUUGCCAGUCGGCGCAACACGAAGCGGCCCGCUCAGCUCGGAACUGGAUGCAUGCGAAGCUUCUCAUACAACCAAGCUGGCAUGAAGACGGGGAUGGAGAUGCCGCGUCGCUCGGAGCUUCCGAGCCCCAUGCGUCGUGUUGCCUCUGCUACGGGCAGCCUUCCUCGAGGAAUCCAGAAGCCCGUGAGCGCGACGCCCCGGUCUCCCAUGUACUUCGACCGCAACCAAGAGAACCUACUGCUUCAGAUGGCGGUGCGUACCCCAGUGGCAACUGGGCCGCACUGCUCAGCGGCGCCGCCGACACCCAACACGCCAGUCAUUAUCGACACACAAGCCACCAGGGAGCACACGGCGUCAUCCUCCGCUUCUGAGGAGGACAAGCGAUACACAUUCCAGGGCGGGCUUCCCUCUGCGCAGUUCCACAUGGAUCCCACCAUGCGCACGCCGCCUGAUACACCUGGCCUCAUGAGCAACUUCUCUGGCGUCAUGUUUCCCAACACACACUUGCAAACCAACUUUGACUACAGCGGCCUUUCUGAUGAGCCUCUGGUCACCCCGGGCCUCGGUGGAUUUGAAGCAGAGUUCCCAGUCAUGCCCGCUAGUCUCCCAAGCUACGUCGCUCCAGGCUGUGGGAGCCAGCCCUCAACACCGUCAUACCCUCCCGCCAACAUGGGUCCGGCUUUCUUUCCAUCGUACCAGGGAGGUAAUGCCGAGUAUAACUGGUGCGAUGCUUCCUUGAAAGCGUCUCACGACCAGUCCCGAUCCAGAAACUUUCAGUUCACCAACAUGACGGCGCAAGAUUUCCAUGCCGAGUAG